AUGUCAUGUUCAGCUACUAAUCAGUCGUCAAGACCCUUCCGCGUUGGAUGCAAAAAGUGCGGAUUUUCCGGUCACCUAACUUUUCAAUGCCGGAAUUAUCUGCGUUCGGGGGAAACAAAUAAUGUUGACUUGGACAUUGAAAGCACCAGUUCAGACUCGGACGACGAUGAGAUGCUUAAGGAGGCCAUUGGGAAAAGGAAGGCCGAGUUAGCUGCCGCUAAAAAAGCCCUGAAGAAGAAGAGGCGAAAAGCAAGCAAAAGAAGAUCCCGGUCGAGAAGUAGAUCCUCCUCCCGCAACAAGCACAAACACUCCCAUCGGAAGCAUCACGGCCACCACCACCAUAAACACAAAAAGUCGGACAAAAAAUAG